CGGUUAUCGAUGGCAUGAUACCUGCCCUUGACGAGAGAACCUUACUGGCAGGCACGCCUCUCAUAACGCCCACUCGUCAUCUAUUCCGCUUCCCUAGCAACUAGGUAACCACUUCCAGCCUGCUCUCUUCACUUGUUAUUGCCUCACUCUGUUCCGUUCUUCUUGGUUUGAUUCAUAUCUCUAUUCUCCCUAUCACCUAGGUAUCCUAAGCCCAUCAAGGAUCAAUCGGCUUCUUCAGCAUGAGUGCCUCCAAUGACAGUGGUAGGACACUACCCAGAGUAUUGGUAAUAGCAGGGUCGGACAGUUCGGGCGGAGCAGGUCUCGAAGCAGACCAGAAAGUCAUUGCCGCUCAUGGAUGCUAUGCUAUGACAGCUACCACCGCAUUGACGGCCCAGAAUACCAAGGGAGUGUACGGCAUUCACGAGGUUCCGGUGGACUUCCUAAGGAAGCAGAUUGAUGCUGUAGUGGGUGAUGUCGGUGUUGACGUUGUCAAGACUGGCAUGCUUGCUUCGGCCGGCACUAUCGAGGCUGUUGCUCAGGCUCUCCAGGAUCACAAGCUCAAAACACUGGUUAUUGACCCGGUAAUGAUCGCGACAACAGGCGCUGAACUCCUCCCUAAUUCGGCCUCCCGUGCUCUCUGCGAGAAACUCCUCCCCAUAGCCACCAUCCUGACGCCUAACGUCCCGGAAGCGAACAAACUCCUACUCGAAACCGGCCACGAAGAGCGCCCGGUUCAGUCUGUUGUCGAUCUUGAGGAUAUUGCCAUCAAGGUGCAGAAGCUUGGGUCAAAGUGGGUGCUCGUCAAGGGCGGUCAUACUCCCUUCCGCAGGGAUGGCACUGAGGCAAAGACGGAAGAUGAGAUGGAAAUCGUCGUCAAUGUCCUCGUGGGACCUGCUUCAGGGAAGACGAAGAGAGACACAGAGGGCGAGGAGAAGUUACAGGCAGUCAGGAUCGAGAUGCCGUACCAGAGAUCUAGGAAUACCCAUGGUACUGGUUGCUCCUUAGCUUCCGCUAUUGCCUCGAACCUCGCCAAGGGGAUGGACAUGGUCCCGGCUGUCAAGGCCGGAAUUAGAUAUGUCGAUGCCGCAAUCAGGACGGCGCCUGGGUUAGGCCAGGGGAACGGGCCCCUCAAUCAUUUUCACUCCGUCAAGGCACUUCCAUUCUCUUCCGGUCACUUCCUCGAUUAUCUUCUUGAACGACCCGACGUGGCCCCAGUGUGGGACCGCUACAUCCAUCACCCGUUUGUCAUGGCCAUGGGUGAUGGGACUCUGCCAAGAGAGUCAUUCAAGGGAUAUCUGAUGCAAGAUUAUGUCUAUCUCAUUCAUUACGCCCGUGCAAACGCAUUGGCUUCGUACAAGGCCAAGAACAUCGAGGACGUUGCUGGUUCGGCCGCUAUUGUUGCGAACUGCUUCAGGGAGAUGAAUCUCCAUGUCCAAUACUGUGCUGGUUUCGGCAUCUCCAAAGAGCAAAUGGAGAAGACCGAGGAACAUCAAGCAUGCACGGCAUAUACAAGAUACGUCCUAGACAUAGGCCAAUCCGAAGAUUGGUUCGCCCUCCAGAUGGCUCUGGCCCCAUGUCUCCUCGGCUACGGCGCCAUCGCCAAACACUUACAUGCCUCCCCCAACUCCAAGGCCAACGAAACUGACAACCUCUACUGGACCUGGAUUACCAACUACGUCGCGGAUGACUAUACCACCGCCGUCAAAGCGGGCUGCGAACUGUUGGAACGGCAUGCCGUGCUGCAGAGCUCCGGGAGGAUUGAGGAGUUGGUGCGCGUGUUUAUACAUGCUACCAAGAUGGAGAUUGGAUUCUGGGAGAUGUUUCCGUACAAGGCGGAGGAGGGUGGGUCCCAAUGACCGUGGGCCGAGAGUAAGAGAGGGGGGCUUGAUGGACGGAGGCACAUGAUAUGACAGACAGCGUUGGACACAGCAGCAUUCAAUUUCUGGGGUCGGUUAUCUUUGACUGAGCAUCUGACUUCUCUCUGCGUCGCGUUUCAUUCCUCUAGCUCUCUGAACUUUUGUUUGUUCAGCUGAAUCUUCGGUUCUUCUAUGAGCGAGUAGCGAACAAGUGUGAAACUGGGUUCCUAUUUUAAACACUGCAGGCUACAAUGGUCGGCUAAUGUACUUGAGUUGCUCAGUUGUCUCGCGCCCGCCGAUGGCACUUCAAGUUGACUGCACGCACUUCGAUUCUUUUCACUGCCUCUACUCACACUCUCCC